UCACAUUCCUUUGGCACAGGAUGAAGACCAGCUCAGCUUUUCAGCCGUUGAUCUUUGUCUAUUGUUCUCCAAACAGUAAACCACUAUUUCCACACCGACAGAUUGCAGGCUGCAGUUCUGUCCGAGUCCUGGGCUCCUCAUGAAUAUGAACUGAAGGGCUCUGACCCAGAAAGUGGUUCUGAGCAGGGUAACAUGGGGUCUUGGAAAUGUGGAAGCUGCCUGAGUAGUCUGCUGAUUCCUCUUGCACUUUGGAGUAUAAUUGUGAACAUAUUAUUGUAUUUCCCCAAUGGGCAAGCUUCCUAUGCAUCCAGCAAUAAACUCACCAACUACGUCUGGUAUUUUGAAGGAAUCUGUUUCUCAGGUAUUAUGAUGCUUAUAGUUGCAGCAAUUCUUCUUGUACUGGAGAAUGAUAACAACUAUAAAUGUUGCCAGAGUGAAAACUGCAGCAAAAAAUACAUGACACUGCUGUCGAUGAUCUUUUCUGCCCUUGGAAUUGCUUUCUCUGGAUACUGCCUGGUCAUAUCUGCUUUGGGCCUUCUUCAGGGCCCUUACUGCCGCACCCUUGAUGGCUGGGAGUACGCCUUUGAAGGCACUGCAGGACGUUUCCUUACAGAUUCUAGCGUAUGGAUUCAGUGCCUGGAACCAGCACAUGUAGUGGAGUGGAACAUCAUCUUAUUUUCUAUUCUCAUAGCUCUCAGCGGGCUUCAAGUGAUUGUCUGCCUCAUCAGAGUAGCCAUUCAGUUGUCCAAGAUACUGUGUGGAACCUAUUCAGUCAUCAUCCAGCCUGGAAUCAUUUGAAUAAGAACAAGAAUGUUCUUCUUUAUCAAGAUAUGGUCAUCUACCUGUGUCUAUUGUAUGGAAUUGAGGGCCAUAUUCAGAUGAUGGCUUUUUCUCCAGUUUGAGUUUAUUGUCCUCAUUGGAAGUGCCUUCCAUGCUGUCCUUCCGUUUAGAAUUUUUUUCUAAGCUAUAUGUGUCAGGAUCUUCAGAAAUGUUCAUACCCUUUGAUCAAAAAAAUCCAAUUUCUAUAACCUAUACUAUGAAAAUAAAUAAGAAUACAAGAUAAAGCUUUAUGCAACUACAUAUAUUUGAAAAUUAUUUAAUAUUCUGGGAAGUUAGAAAUACCCAGAAAGUCUAACUUUAGGGGAAGGAUUAAAUAAAACAUGGUACAUUAGUUGUAAUAUUAUGUAAAAUGAUGAUUUAAAGAUUAUGAGUAGUACUAUGUGAAAAAGCAGAUUAUAAAUUUAUGUUUACAGUAUAAGCGUAACUAUCCAAAACAAACAAAACAAAACCAAAUGACCAAAAUACAGGAUAAAAACUAAAUCUAGAUCGAUUUACACAAAAAUGUCAGCUGUGGUUGAUUUGGGUCAUAGGUGACCCUUCCUACUUGUCUAUAUUUUCCAAGUUUUCUUUAUUAUGUUUUACUAUUAAAAUACUUUAAAAAAAAAAAAAACACAUUUUUACUAUUUAAAAGCUUUCCUAUUUUUCCAACCUUUAAAGGAAUACACUUUUUCCAAAUGUUUUCCAACAUUGACUAUCUGUAAACAUCACAGAAUAACACUUCAAUCAAUGUUCAGUGGGGAAAGUAGUGAGAUAGAUAAAGCCAAAUAAUGUUGCACAUAAACUUAUAUAAUCUAAUUGAGCUCUUGGCAUUAUUUUUUUACUCCCGGUGGUGAGUAUGGUGAGCUACAAGAAGUAGACUUGAAAUGAAUGAGCAGUUGAGGACAUGCUCAGUGGGUUAUAGAAAGUGACCACUGACCAGUUGAUACCUGUUUCAUGGGGAGCUACCACUAAAUAUUUAUUUUAAAAAAAUUUUUAAAGUAAAACAUUUAUGAACUUUCUACUUAUACUUGGCAUGACCUUCUGGAGGACAGCAGUCAUGUUUUAUAUUUUUCCAUCAUGCAUAGGGCCUAGCCCAAAGCAGACAUAGGAGACACUCAAUGUUGGACAUUCAUGCCAGGCUUUUCUGCUCCUCAUGGCUGCUCUGCUGAGUACCUGUCUCCAUCAUGGACCCACUGGGCCUUAACACUUCCACCACUUCCCCAUUGCCCUCCUCCACGGACACUGUCAACAUUGCUCUACCAACACCUGCCUGGCAGUGGUAGCCAGUAGUCUGGAGAAUGCCUCUCUCCUUGGUGCCUGCUCAACCUAUAGCCUCCUUUAAGAUAGCUGCCCUGUCCACAGCCUUUGCUGAAGUGAGCAUCUUGAAAGCAAGCCAUGUUGGGUACCACAUGACCCUCAUGACCGGGACUUAGCUGACAGAACUGGGACCGGCACCCAAGCCAUGGGCAACCUAUUGUCACUCUAGUGGCCAAUGAUUUAGCCUAAAGUGAAACACUGUCCAAAUGAGAUUGGUGGUUAUUCUUGCUUGAAAAUUUGAAUUAUGAAACCAAAAAUGAAGCAACACGGACAUUGCUGCCAGGAAAACAAUUAAAGGAUGAGGAAGAAAGCCAGCAUACAGAGAGUAUCUGAUUACUCUAUCAAGCCCACAAGCUUGUCAUAUCCAGCAUCUUCUUUCUCCAAAAGGUUCCUCAGUCCUCUUGUAAAUGAACUUCUGGCAGGUCAACCCCACCAGUUUGUCAUUAAGACUGUCUCCAUUGUGUUUAGAUUCAUUAUGGUACCAUACAUUGAGUGGACCAUGAACGGAUGUCAGCUGAAUGACUCCACCACAGAACUGGAAACAAUGUCUAACAACAGGGGCACAGUCAAAUUCAGUACAGUAUAUCUAUCAGUAAAUCAAAUAUUAACACAGCCACCCAAAUUUUGUAUUUAAAGAGUAUAUGCUGAUGAUGCAAUUUUAAAUAAAAACUGUAUAUAAA